CCCCAUCUCGAAGUCAAAUAUCCGGACGUUUCUACCUUCUAACCACCCUCCAAGGCACGGUCCUACACAUGAAGCGUAUGUAUACUCCUACUCUAUGCAUGUAGCACACCACUCCGCCAAAAUCCUUUUUUCACAGAAAAAGUGGCGAUGGGGAGGAGAUGUAACUGUAUUCAUAUCUUUCGUAUCUUCAUAUCUUUUUUUCGUUUACCCUGUUCUUGGUACCCACAACGAACACCGAAGCUUUUGUGGAUUAAAAAGCUUCCAGCUCUCUCUCCUGCACGUCUUCCUUAUCCUUAUCCUUUUUUCUUUUUUCUUUUUUUUUCUUCUUCCGCACUCCUUUUCAUACGCGUUACGCCACCAGUGCCUCUUUGCUUCUUGGUUCCCAUAUUUCUCCGUGCUCUGCUUCCCUCGAUCUUCCCACUCCAAUAAUAACGCCAUCGGGUUUAAUCUCACUCGUCCAAAGAGACCAGAACCAUCAUCCUCCACACCCCUCUUUCACCACUUUCUCCAUCAUUUUUUUUUUCUUUUUCAUUUUCUUUUUUUUCUUCGUAUUUUCGGAUGCUCAUGCUUAUUUUAUUCUAGGUGAAAAGUAAUAAAAAUAAAUAAAAAAAAGUGCUGAUCUAAUAAAAGGCGUGCAUCAACAAAAACGCGCCUACUCCUCGACCGUGAUCGACCAUCCUUUGCUCAGCAACCUUCUCCAU